AUGGCCCGCCGUGUGCCUCAGCUCUUCAUCGUCCAAGAUGAUGACUUUGAUGGCUUGACGGACGAUGACGGUGAGAACUCGUCAUUGAUCUCAGCCGGUGGAUACCUCGCUGACAGAGCGAGGAUCCAAUUUCACCGCACCCAAGACCCAGAAUGUCACAUGUGCCCAGAGAUCGAGGCUUGUCAGGGACGAUUCGGAGAACUCAACCCAACCUUUUCGAGUGCUCUAACCUCGUCAUCAAUAACGAAGACAAGCGGCCGUCUCUUCAUGUUCGUCUUCGAGGUCGAGUGGUAG